AUGAAGACGGCCAAGACCAUCAAGACGGCCAAGACCAUGAAGACGGCCAAGACCAUCAAGACGGCCAAGACCAUGAAGACGGCCAAGACCAUCAAGACGGCCAAGACCAUGAAGACGGCCAAGACCAUCAAGACGGCCAAGACCAUCAAGACGGCCAAGACCAUGAAGACGGCCAAGACCAUCAAGACGGCCAAGACCAUGAAGACGGCCAAGACCAUCAAGACGGCCAAGACCAUCAAGACGGCCAAGACCAUCAAGACGGCCAAGACCAUGAAGACGGCCAAGACCAUGAAGACGGCCAAGACCAUCAAGACGGCCAAGACCAUCAAGACGGCCAAGACCAUCAAGACGGCCAAGACCAUCAAGACGGCCAAGACCAUCAAGACGGCCAAGACCAUCAAGACGGCCAAGACCAUCAAGACGGCCAAGACCAUCAAGACGGCCAAGACCAUCAAGACGGCCAAGACCAUCAAGACGGCCAAGACCAUGAAGACGGCCAAGACCAUCAAGACGGCCAAGGACCAUGAAGACGGCCAAGACCAUCAAGACGGCCAAGACCAUGAAGACGGCCAAGCCAAGACCAUCAAGAAGGCCAAGACCAUGAAGACGGCCAAGACCAUGAAGACGGCCAAGACCAUGAAGACGGCCAAGACCAUCAAGACGGCCAAGACCAUGAAGACGGCCAAGACCAUCAAGACGGCCAAGACCAUGAAGACGGCCAAGACCAUGAAGACGGCCAAGACCAUCAAGACGGCCAAGACCAUGAAGACGGCCAAGACCAUGAAGACGGCCAAGACCAUGAAGACGGCCAAGACCAUGAAGACGGCCAAGACCAUGAAGACGGCCAAGACCAUGAAGACGGCCAAGACCAUGAAGACGGCCAAGACCAUGAAGACGGCCAAGACCAUGAAGACGGCCAAGACCAUCAAGACGGCCAAGACCAUGAAGACGGCCAAGACCAUGAAGACGGCCAAGACCAUCAAGACGGCCAAGACCAUGAAGACGGCCAAGACCAUCAAGACGGCCAAGACCAUCAAGACGGCCAAGACCAUCAAGACGGCCAAGACCAUGAAGACGGCCAAGACCAUGAAGACGGCCAAGACCAUCAAGACGGCCAAGACCAUGAAGACGGCCAAGACCAUGAAGACGGCCAAGACCAUGAAGACGGCCAAGACCAUGAAGACGGCCAAGACCAUGAAGACGGCCAAGACCAUGAAGACGGCCAAGACCAUGAAGACGGCCAAGACCAUGAAGACGGCCAAGACCAUGAAGACGGCCAAGACCAUCAAGACGGCCAAGACCAUGAAGACGGCCAAGACCAUGAAGACGGCCAAGACCAUCAAGACGGCCAAGACCAUGAAGACGGCCAAGACCAUCAAGACGGCCAAGACCAUCAAGACGGCCAAGACCAUCAAGACGGCCAAGACCAUGAAGACGGCCAAGACCAUGAAGACGGCCAAGACCAUGAAGACGGCCAAGACCAUCAAGACGGCCAAGACCAUGAAGACGGCCAAGACCAUGAAGACGGCCAAGACCAUCAAGACGGCCAAGACCAUGAAGACGGCCAAGACCAUCAAGACGGCCAAGACCAUCAAGACGGCCAAGACCAUCAAGACGGCCAAGACCAUGAAGACGGCCAAGACCAUGAAGACGGCCAAGACCAUGAAGACGGCCAAGACCAUCAAGACGGCCAAGACCAUGAAGACGGCCAAGACCAUGAAGACGGCCAAGACCAUGAAGACGGCCAAGACCAUGAAGACGGCCAAGACCAUCAAGACGGCCAAGACCAUGAAGACGGCCAAGACCAUGAAGACGGCCAAGACCAUGAAGACGGCCAAGACCAUGAAGACGGCCAAGACCAUCAAGACGGCCAAGACCAUCAAGACGGCCAAGACCAUCAAGACGGCCAAGACCAUCAAGACGGCCAAGACCAUCAAGACGGCCAAGACCAUCAAGACGGCCAAGACCAUGAAGACGGCCAAGACCAUGAAGACGGCCAAGACCAUCAAGACGGCCAAGACCAUCAAGACGGCCAAGACCAUCAAGACGGCCAAGACCAUCAAGACGGCCAAGACCAUCAAGACGGCCAAGACCAUCAAGACGGCCAAGACCAUCAAGACGGCCAAGACCAUCAAGACGGCCAAGACCAUCAAGACGGCCAAGACCAUCAAGACGGCCAAGACCAUCAAGACGGCCAAGACCAUCAAGACGGCCAAGACCAUCAAGACGGCCAAGACCAUCAAGACGGCCAAGACCAUCAAGACGGCCAAGACCAUGAAGACGGCCAAGACCAUCAAGACGGCCAAGACCAUCAAGACGGCCAAGACCAUCAAGACGGCCAAGACCAUGAAGACGGCCAAGACCAUCAAGACGGCCAAGACCAUGAAGACGGCCAAGACCAUCAAGACGGCCAAGACCAUCAAGACGGCCAAGACCAUGAAGACGGCCAAGACCAUCAAGACGGCCAAGACCAUCAAGACGGCCAAGACCAUCAAGACGGCCAAGACCAUCAAGACGGCCAAGACCAUCAAGACGGCCAAGACCAUCAAGACGGCCAAGACCAUCGAAGACGGCCAAGACCAUCAAGACGGCCAAGACCAUCAAGACGGCCAAGACCAUGAAGACGGCCAAGACCAUCAAGACGGCCAAGACCAUGAAGACGGCCAAGACCAUCAAGACGGCCAAGACCAUCAAGACGGCCAAGACUAUCAAGACGGCCAAGACCAUGAAGACGGCCAAGACCAUCAAGACGGCCAAGACCAUCAAGACGGCCAAGACCAUGAAGACGGCCAAGACCAUCAAGACGGCCAAGACCAUCAAGACGGCCAAGACCAUCAAGACGGCCAAGACCAUCAAGAAGGCCAAGACCAUGAAGACGGCCAAGACCAUGAAGACGGCCAAGACCAUGAAGACGGCCAAGACCAUCAAGACGGCCAAGACCAUGAAGACGGCCAAGACCAUCAAGACGGCCAAGACCAUGAAGACGGCCAAGACCAUGAAGACGGCCAAGACCAUCAAGACGGCCAAGACCAUGAAGACGGCCAAGACCAUGAAGACGGCCAAGACCAUGAAGACGGCAAGACCAUGAAGACGGCCAAGACCAUGAAGACGGCCAAGACCAUGAAGACGGCCAAGACCAUGAAGACGGCCAAGACCAUGAAGACGGCCAAGACCAUGAAGACGGCCAAGACCAUCAAGACGGCCAAGACCAUGAAGACGGCCAAGACCAUGAAGACGGCCAAGACCAUCAAGACGGCCAAGACCAUGAAGACGGCCAAGACCAUCAAGACGGCCAAGACCAUCAAGACGGCCAAGACCAUCAAGACGGCCAAGACCAUGAAGACGGCCAAGACCAUGAAGACGGCCAAGACCAUGAAGACGGCCAAGACCAUCAAGACGGCCAAGACCAUGAAGACGGCCAAGACCAUGAAGACGGCCAAGACCAUCAAGACGGCCAAGACCAUGAAGACGGCCAAAGACCAUCAAGACGGCCAAGACCAUCAAGACGGCCAAGACCAUCAAGACGGCCAAGACCAUGAAGACGGCCAAGACCAUGAAGACGGCCAAGACCAUGAAGACGGCCAAGACCAUCAAGACGGCCAAGACCAUGAAGACGGCCAAGACCAUGAAGACGGCCAAGACCAUGAAGACGGCCAAGACCAUGAAGACGGCCAAGACCAUCAAGACGGCCAAGACCAUGAAGACGGCCAAGACCAUGAAGACGGCCAAGACCAUGAAGACGGCCAAGACCAUGAAGACGGCCAAGACCAUCAAGACGGCCAAGACCAUCAAGACGGCCAAGACCAUCAAGACGGCCAAGACCAUCAAGACGGCCAAGACCAUCAAGACGGCCAAGACCAUCAAGACGGCCAAGACCAUGAAGACGGCCAAGACCAUGAAGACGGCCAAGACCAUGAAGACGGCCAAGACCAUGAAGACGGCCAAGACCAUCAAGACGGCCAAGACCAUCAAGACGGCCAAGACCAUGAAGACGGCCAAGACAAUGAAGACGGCCAAGACCAUCAAGACGGCCAAGACAAUGAAGACGGCCAAGACCAUGAAGACGGCCAAGACCAUGAAGACGGCCAAGACCAUGAAGACGGCCAAGACCAUGAAGACGGCCAAGACCAUCAAGACGGCCAAGACCAUCAAGACGGCCAAGACCAUCAAGACGGCCAAGACCAUCAAGACGGCCAAGACCAUGAAGACGGCCAAGACCAUGAAGACGGCCAAGACCAUCAAGACGGCCAAGACCAUGAAGACGGCCAAGACCAUCAAGACGGCCAAGACCAUGAAGACGGCCAAGACCAUGAAGACGGCCAAGACCAUGAAGACGGCCAAGACCAUGAAGACGGCCAAGACCAUGAAGACGGCCAAGACCAUGAAGACGGCCAAGACCAUGAAGACGGCCAAGACCAUGAAGACGGCCAAGACCAUCAAGACGGCCAAGACCAUGAAGACGGCCAAGACCAUCAAGACGGCCAAGACCAUCAAGACGGCCAAGACCAUGAAGACGGCCAAGACCAUCAAGACGGCCAAGACCAUGAAGACGGCCAAGACCAUGAAGACGGCCAAGACCAUCAAGACGGCCAAGACCAUCAAGACGGCCAAGACCAUCAAGACGGCCAAGACCAUCAAGACGGCCAAGACCAUCAAGACGGCCAAGACCAUCAAGACGGCCAAGACCAUGAAGACGGCCAAGACCAUGAAGACGGCCAAGACCAUGAAGACGGCCAAGACCAUGAAGACGGCCAAGACCAUGAAGACGGCCAAGACCAUGAAGACGGCCAAGACCAUGAAGACGGCCAAGACCAUGAAGACGGCCAAGACCAUGAAGACGGCCAAGACCAUCAAGACGGCCAAGACCAUCAAGACGGCCAAGACCAUCAAGACGGCCAAGACCAUGAAGACGGCCAAGACCAUGAAGACGGCCAAGACCAUCAAGACGGCCAAGACCAUCAAGACGGCCAAGACCAUGAAGACGGCCAAGACCAUGAAGACGGCCAAGACCAUGAAGACGGCCAAGACCAUGAAGACGGCCAAGACCAUGAAGACGGCCAAGACAUGAAGACGGCCAAGACCAUGAAGACGGCCAAGACCAUCAAGACGGCCAAGACCAUGAAGACGGCCAAGACCAUGAAGACGGCCAAGACCAUGAAGACGGCCAAGACCAUGAAGACGGCCAAGACCAUGAAGACGGCCAAGACCAUGAAGACGGCCAAGACCAUGAAGACGGCCAAGACCAUCAAGACGGCCAAGACCAUGAAGACGGCCAAGACCAUGAAGACGGCCAAGACCAUCAAGACGGCCAAGACCAUGAAGACGGCCAAGACCAUCAAGACGGCCAAGACCAUCAAGACGGCCAAGACCAUCAAGACGGCCAAGACCAUCAAGACGGCCAAGACCAUCAAGACGGCCAAGACCAUCAAGACGGCCAAGACCAUCAAGACGGCCAAGACCAUCAAGACGGCCAAGACCAUCAAGACGGCCAAGACCAUCAAGACGGCCAAGACCAUGAAGACGGCCAAAACCAUCAAGACGGCCAAGACCAUGAAGACGGCCAAGACCAUGAAGACGGCCAAGACCAUGAAGACGGCCAAGACCAUCAAGACGGCCAAGACCAUCAAGACGGCCAAGACCAUGAAGACGGCCAAGACCAUGAAGACGGCCAAGACCAUGAAGACGGCCAAGACCAUCAAGACGGCCAAGACCAUCAAGACGGCCAAGACCAUCAAGACGGCCAAGACCAUCAAGACGGCCAAGACCAUGAAGACGGCCAAGACCAUGAAGACGGCCAAGACCAUGAAGACGGCCAAGACCAUGAAGACGGCCAAGACCAUGAAGACGGCCAAGACCAUGAAGACGGCCAAGACCAUCAAGACGGCCAAGACCAUCAAGACGGCCAAGACCAUCAAGACGGCCAAGACCAUCAAGACGGCCAAGACCAUCAAGACGGCCAAGACCAUCAAGACGGCCAAGACCAUCAAGACGGCCAAGACCAUCAAGACGGCCAAGACCAUCAAGACGGCCAAGACCAUCAAGACGGCCAAGACCAUCAAGACGGCCAAGACCAUCAAGACGGCCAAGACCAUCAAGACGGCCAAGACCAUCAAGACGGCCAAGACCAUCAAGACGGCCAAGACCAUCAAGACGGCCAAGACCAUCAAGACGGCCAAGACCAUCAAGACGGCCAAGACCAUCAAGACGGCCAAGACCAUCAAGACGGCCAAGACCAUCAAGACGGCCAAGACCAUCAAGACGGCCAAGACCAUCAAGACGGCCAAGACCAUCAAGACGGCCAAGACCAUCAAGACGGCCAAGACCAUCAAGACGGCCAAGACCAUCAAGACGGCCAAGACCAUGAAGACGGCCAAGACCAUGAAGACGGCCAAGACCAUGAAGACGGCCAAGACCAUGAAGACGGCCAAGACCAUCAAGACGGCCAAGACCAUCAAGACGGCCAAGACCAUCAAGACGGCCAAGACCAUCAAGACGGCCAAGACCAUCAAGACGGCCAAGACCAUCAAGACGGCCAAGACCAUCAAGACGGCCAAGACCAUCAAGACGGCCAAGACCAUCAAGACGGCCAAGACCAUCAAGACGGCCAAGACCAUCAAGACGGCCAAGACCAUCAAGACGGCCAAGACCAUCAAGACGGCCAAGACCAUCAAGACGGCCAAGACCAUCAAGACGGCCAAGACCAUCAAGACGGCCAAGACCAUCAAGACGGCCAAGACCAUCAAGACGGCCAAGACCAUGAAGACGGCCAAGACCAUGAAGACGGCCAAGACCAUGAAGACGGCCAAGACCAUCAAGACGGCCAAGACCAUCAAGACGGCCAAGACCAUCAAGACGGCCAAGACCAUCAAGACGGCCAAGACCAUCAAGACGGCCAAGACCAUCAAGACGGCCAAGACCAUCAAGACGGCCAAGACCAUGAAGACGGCCAAGACAUGA